AUGAUUCAUACACCACCUUAUUGGAAAACGACUCCCUUGAUGUCAAAGCCAUUGAAAGUUAUGUUACCGAAUUGCCAUGGUACACCAGACUUCAAGAAGCCGUCGCUGGUGCUGCCUCAGGUUCUGCUUCUGCCGAAGCCUCCGAAUCUGCUGAAGCUUCUGAAACCGCUUCUGCUUCUGAAUCUGCUUCCGAAUCUGCUUCUGGUUCUUCUUCAGCUUCUAAAUCUUCUUCUGCUUCUAAAUCUGCUUCUGCUUCCAGUUCAGCUUCUAAAUCUGCUUCUGCCUCCAGUUCAGCUUCUAAAUCUGCAUCUUCUUCCGCUUCUGCUUCUGCUUCUGAAAGUGCCACCUCCAGUGAAACUUCUGCUGCUCAAGCUAACGGUGUUCUUGCUCCAGUUGGUGCUGCUUUGGGUGCUUUGGCUCUUGCCUUGUUCUAAGCUUUGCAAACUUUGUGAAAAAACAUCUUAUAAAUCAUUAAAAACAAAAGACGUAAUCCGUCAUAAAACUAUACCUUUUGAAUUUACAUUUAAUGCCCCCCGUUUCGGUUUCUACUAA